GUGACGACUUUUGCCGCACACAUAAAUCCUCUUCCACACACUCAUCAUGUCGACACACGCACCGACAUCAUCACCAACAGCGACCCAGACGCCCGCGCCCGAGGAGAAUAAGUGGCAGGACUGCACCGCCUGUCGGCUGACCGGCGCCGCGACGCUCUCAGGCGUAGGCCUGUACGCACUCUACGAAGCAGGGCAGCAGGGCGCAUUUGCCAAAGUGCGACCCAAGGGUGGCCCGCGAGGUGCGCCGAUCACAGCGGCGGUUGGUGUUGGUGAGUCGCGAGGAGGCAUGCGAGCUGGCAACCCGGGGAGAGGGACAACUGCAGCUACGAGGAGCGGCUAGAGGACUUGAGGGGAGCGGGCGCCGCUGGACUUAGGCUGGCAGGCGCCGGGAUUCGACAGGCAACCGGGUCGGAGAACAGCGGAAGCGUCUGGAACAUGCUGACUGCAGUGUUCCUCGGGUUGGGCAUUGGACGACUGUUCGUGUGAACGAGGGUUGGAGGGAUUUGCGGGACAGGAGUUGGGGAGCCAGUGGGCGCCGACAGCGCGCUUGGGCGGGAACAGUAUGUAC